ACCGACUGGCCCGAUCGAUUUGUCUAAUUGGAUUCCCUAUUCACCUUAUAACUGUCAUUUCAUCUGUCAAAACAGUCUGAAAUCAUGUUAAGUGAGAACGUUUGUUCGUGCACGUUCCCCGUUAUCGAGUCAUACGUGUUUACUUUCACCUCGAUGUGAAUACUCCGUAGCCACCCCCCAGUUCAAACAGUUGUUAGUGUGCAGCGGGAAUGUUCGCAUGUCCGUUUGUUAAUACUCAUGUGAUGCGAAAGACUUUAACGAGAAUGGCGCAUAAAAAACAUUAUACUGUGUUUAUAAUUUUCGCUCUAGUUGUGGUUCAAACGGUCGGUUACGACACGGUGUUAUACGAAACUAAGCCUUGCGACAGCACAGCCUGCUUCGACGACCUGCACGGAGCUUUAGGCGACUGCUCCUGUAAUGUGGAUACCAUUGAUUACUUCAAUAAUGUGAAGAUAUACCCUCGUAUACAGAGCCUUGUAAGUAAAGAUUACUUCCGAUUCUACAAAGUGAAUUUGAAAAAGGAAUGUCCAUUCUGGGCCGACGACAGUAGAUGCGCAAUGAAAUACUGCCAUAUAAAAACAUGUUCGAAAGAAAGUGUACCUGGUUACGAAAGUGGGUACAAUAACGACAAUGUCGUCGAGGCUCCCGCCUUGAAAUACUCUAAGGAGGCCCAGUCUGAUUGCGACUCGGACACAGAUCACGAUCCCAAACUCGGCUACCUAAACAUGACCAUCAGUGCUGCCAAUCAAUUUGAAAUAGCAAAAUGGAAUGUUUACGAUCAAACUCAUGACAACUUCUGUGAAAGUGAUGAUAGAGAUGUUGAUGCGGACUAUGUUGACUUAACACUGAACCCUGAACGGUACACUGGGUACAAAGGGCCAUCAGCACACAGGAUAUGGAGGAGUAUCUACCAAGAGAAUUGCUUCCGUCCAAAGCCUAAUCCUUACGAAUCUUUCCCGUUUGUUUUGAGCUCAGAUUUAAGCAACAUGUGUUUAGAGAAGAGAGUAUUUUACAGAGCUGUAUCGGGACUACAUACUAGUAUUAAUAUCCAUUUAUGUUCAAAGUAUUUAUUGUCUGAAAAAGGCAUUGGUUUUGCAGCCCCACCUGAUGGAGAAUGGGGCCCAAACUUGGAAGAAUUUCAGAGGAGAUUCGACCCAUCCCAAACAAUGGGGGAAAGCACAAAUUGGUUGAAAAAUUUGUACUUUGUGUACUUAUUGGAAAUGAGGGCUUUGGCAAAGGCUGGUCCGUACCUAGAACAUGAGGAAUACUUUACCGGCAACCCCACAGAGGAUGAUGAAACUAGAGAUGCAAUUCGCAACAUGCUUGGUGUAAUUUACUCAUUUCCAGAACAUUUUAAUGAAACAUCCAUGUUUACUGGGGGGAGUCAAGCCGAAAAAUUGAAAAUUGAAUUCCGUGAGCACUUCCGAAACAUCUCUAGGAUUAUGGAUUGUGUGGGAUGUGAUAAAUGUAAAUUAUGGGGCAAGUUGCAGACACAAGGACUGGGUACAGCCUUGAAAAUAUUAUUCUCUGGCAAAUGGAAUAGUCCAGACAGCGAUCCUGUCCAGGGAAAACUGCAAUUGAGACAUAAAAUGGACAAAAGGCUCCAGAGAACAGAAAUUGUUGCUUUGUUCAAUGCCUUUGCCAGACUGUCCAACAGUAUAAGGCAAUUGGAGAACUUCAGAAUUAUGCUGAGCUCGCAGAAGGUCCAAGCGAAGCCAAAUUUUUACGGUGGUCUCCAAGAUGGCAACAGAAAGGAUUGCUCGUCAAGCGGCGCAAAACCUGGGAUUUGGAGUUAAAUUAUUAUAGUUAUACUUAAUAUUGUGUUGGCGUUAGUAGAAAAAUACAUUGUGUGAACGAGAAUACUUUAUUAUCACUUUUGCAAAAUAAUAGGUAUGAUAUUACAACAAAAGUAUACUUGUUUCUACAAAAGAAAUCCUUUUUCGUUAGCUUUUCCUUAUUCGAUUUAAUCUUGUGAAUCAUGUCGGUCUACUAUUCAAAAAAAGUUUAUAAAAUACUUAUUGCUUAUUUUACUAUGAAAUUUUAUUUACAUUAAUACUUAAAACAAUUUAUAACUAUCAAGUGUAAUUAUUCGCCGUUUUUUGGUGUGUCACUUUAAUUUGUCCAUUACUAUAACUUGCACUGAUUCUUUUUACGAUAAUAUGUCACUAUCUCAAACUAGUUUAGAUAUCUUCAGCUCAAUUGCAUCAAAUUUGCAUAUCCCGUUAUUAACAAUUAACCUUGCGAGGCAUGUAAUCACGGCUAGGAUGUAACAAUCCUCUAGUUACUGUCAUUAUCUUCGACUGAGGAUGAAACUAAUUUACCGCUGUUUUUCUAGGACAGAGGUUCCCAAACAUAUUUUACUGAUAGAUCAUUUUCAAAAUUUUACUGGUGGACCCCCUGCAACUAAAUCUCUACCGUAUUCUUCAGAAUAUGCAAGUUUGUACAUGUAAGUCGCUGUGCUUCUUAAAAUAUUAUCUGCCUACAGUAAUAGGUGAAGUCAAGUCACCAUUUUAGUUCUUUACUAGCAAAACCAGAUACAUUUUCGUGGACCCCCGCUUACGAAUUGUAAAUCCACAUUUUUUGGUCACACCAACUCCCGACUCCUGUUGUGGCUCCCAUUCACCCAUGGGGGUCCACCUGUACCACUUUGGGAAUCAAUGCCUUACAAUAUUCACAUUAGAUAUAUUAAUAAAGAAUUGUUAAAGUAUUGAAUAUUUAAGAACAGUGAAUGUGUUGCAGGGAUAUUUUGAAUGCUUGCAACAACGAACGGAACUUUGGUAUAUGGGUUUUAGAUUUUAACUCGGAUAAUUAGACACAUGCCUUUGAAAUUUGGAAUUAGAAUAUAAUAACUGCUAGUUCGUUUGUAUAAAUGUGAUCCAAACCAAAUUUGAAGCCGGUAUAACUGGCUUGAAUAUUGGUUGUUUACAAAGGAUUGUUUGUUUGCUGAGAAAUUUCUCAAGAGUGUCAGGCGAGUUAUGUAAAUGUUUGAAUUUCUCCUAACGCCAACAUCAAUAGCAUCACAAGACUUAAGUAUUUAUUGCAAAUCCAGUGAUGUAAAUUAUUUUUAUUAAGUAUGCUACUGUGCUGAAUAUUGAAUAUGCAUAAAUAUUUAAUUGAAAUUAUUAGUUUGAUAGAUAAAUAUUAAUGAAACAAAGACACUUAGUAGAUAUAGGUAUAACUAUAUUUUAAACCAAUAGAAAUGUGUACAUCGAAGGAAUUGCAUAAAGUAUCAAAUAUCCUCAAAUAGUUGAUGUAGUUUUGUCAUGAACAGGGUAAGAAUUGACAUUGCUAAGUCACUGAUAUCUGUAACUUGCAUAAAUAAAUGCAGGUAAAGUAUUCAAUUUUCAGCUCAGUAGUUUUCCUGCAAUUAUGUUAAGGUUUAGAUUUUAAGGUAAAUAGUGGAGUAUUAAAUUGAAACGAUACUCAGCUACGAAAAGCUUCGUAUAAUUUUAUUUCUGAUCAUUUUUCAUUCGAUGCCUUUUUGUAAUAUGCUCAAAAUUUCUGAGAUUAUACGCAACAGAUUUGUUUCUGAUGUCUGCUAUUCCUGUCUUUCUAGUCAAUAGACGUCCAUAGCAAGUGCAAUUUACUUUCAUUUUAGUGAAUUUUAGAUUACGUAUAUUUAUCUGUGCAAGUUUAAACCAGAAAUGUAAUGUUCUAUAUUAAAAAAAAAUAUUUAGUUUGAACUCAAUUUUGGCCCCACAUAAUCAGUGCAUUUUGUUGGUGACCGAGGUGUGGCGUAGUUUAAUGCGGUCCUAGGUUGGGCCAAAAAAGUAAUUGUGACUGGGUUUUUCCUUCUCAAAUAUUACUUAGUCGCAGCUUGGGGUGUGAAAGUUGGCGGUAUGAUACUCCCGUGCCUCGGAAAGCACUUAAAUUUGUUGGUUCUGCGCCUCAUCUCUCUCCGGUCAUGUCGGAUUGCUGUCAUAUCGAACUAUGAGAGUGAAGGAGCAGAGAGUGCACCUGUGUAUUGCACACACACUUAGCAUUAUAAUAUCUCCUGCGUACCUGGCUGAUCUCUGUUGAGAUGAGCCGCAGUGGCCGAAAUUCGGCUAGGAGGGAUUCAUUAAUUCAUUCAUAUUUUCUGGUUUUAUUAGUAGCAAUGUCGUUCAGGGUUAUAAAUAAAUUAAUUGUUUAUUUUAAAUUAACUGUAUUUGGAUAAGGUCCAAAGUAUUUUUAUCAAUUUGAACCUAUGCUGUCUAUUUCUUUGCGAAGUGCUUUCAUCUUAUACAUUUUCUCGUUGUUAUAAUAUUCUAUUAACCCUCCGGAGUUUGGAUUGUUUUUUUUUGUUUUUAUGGAGUUUUUAAUGAUUUUACAUGUGAGAUGAAGUCGAUUUUUACAUUAUACAAUUGCUUGCUUCCAUUAGUAAAAAAAUAUCAUUUUUAUUUUAAACUUUUAAAUUGUGGCAAUCGUUUGUUAUUUGUACCGUGAAUUAUUGUUCAAGUAAAAAUGAUUGGUAUGUUAUCAUUUUUAAUGAUGUGAAAAUAUUUCUUACAAUGGAAGUCUAGUAAAUAUUUUGCAAGUUGCAAUCAAUGCAUUGUUGUACAUUAUUUUAAAAACUGUAUAUUUAUAUGUGUUAUAUGAAGAAAUCCCAUUUUUUUACUUACUAUUAAUUAUUAUUGGUCACAAACAUCAGGUACAAUUUUGAGUAUUAUUAGGUUUAACAAUAAAUUGGAUUAAUUAAAUAAAUUCGAGUUACAACUGACGUGUUUUGUACCGAUUUUUAUUUUUAUAUUGGGUUUUAUUUUAGUUAUAUUUGCAUUGUAUAUACACUUCUUUGGGGUACUUUUUAUAUAAAAAAUCUGAAAUUAAACAUAUUUUAUUUUUAUUUCUAAUUCUGAUUUAAUUUAGGGUGCGGUAACUGUUUUUAUUUAAUAUUUAUGUAUUUUAGUACAAAAUAUACAUUGUUUUAUGCUUUGUAUACUAUGUAGUAGUCUUUAUUGGUAAAUCUGUGUUUUUAUAAAGUUGAAAUAGGCAUGAAGAAAUUUUGUUUUUUUCACAACAUUUAGUACAAAGUUUCCAAUGCUUCAAACGACAAAAUCCAAUUACUAGAAUUUACUUCUACACAAUUUUCUGUUUACGUUCCGUUAUCAAAAGCAAUAAACACAAUAAAUCGCUUUUUAUCGCAAUUGCCAAUUACUAACAUUGUGUGAUUUAGGUAAAUGACUUAACAAACUAAAACUGAUUUUAUGUGUCUGUGAUUUUUGAUGUUUAUGUCAUGACAAGUUUUUUUACUUUAAAUAAAGUUAUUAACUUA